CUCCGAACAGGUAUGUAACAUUCACCAUAAAACUGUGUUGCGUUUCACAUUAUAAAAAUAUUAUUUUUGACAUUUUUAUUCUUUGUGUAUUUUCUUUCUUUUUUUUUUUCUUUUCUCUCUUUUCGCCAUCUCAGUUCCCUCAUGUCGUCACAACCAAAUACACCUCAGCCUACAGCUACCCCACCUCCUCCUACAGGUGUCAGUCAAGAUCUAAGUUCUAAUACAGCAAAUAACCAUUACCCUCCUUCACCACCACUGCCCCUGGAAACUCAAAAAUACGAUGUGGUUACACCAACCCAACCACCACCAAGAAGAAGUCGUAAAGAAUCUUAUACGGAUCAUUGCCCGUCAUUUGGUCCUGUAGCUUAUAUGCAAAAUGUAUUUGCUAUAGACAGACAUACAUGCAUCGAUGUUCGUCUUUACACUAAAGUCGACCGUGGAUUCUUUUUAGCAGAUAACGAUUGGACUUGUUACCGUAGAAACUAUUUCCAAGUCAGUGGUUCCUUCUCUUUGGAAGGUAUUGGUGUGCUAUAUGAAGGGCAGGAAUAUCCUUGUUAUGUCAAGGACUCAACUGGUCAGCUUGAAGAAAUCAAUUGUUUCAUGUUGGGCGUCAGCGCGAAAUUAUCCGAUUGUGAUAAGGCCAUUCAGUUAAUUCAACACACGCCCAAGAGAGACAAAGGCCCUCAGACCACACCCACGCCCAAGCCUAUUCGCCCAGGUGGAAAUCUUGGCUUUAGCGCCGUGGGUUCCGGACAAACUAUUGUGACUUUUGAACGUUUGCAAUUUAAAACAGCUACUGCCAAUAAUGGCAAAAGACGAGCUGCUCAGCAAUAUUAUGUGAUCGUGAUGGAACUGUUGGCUAAAUUAAAGAAUGGUAAUACGGUGACAGUAGCAUCUACUACUUCUUCUCCUCUCGUCGUUCGUGGUAGAAGUCCUGGUCACUAUGCCGAGACAGAUGGUGCAAUUAGACAGCCUCGUUUGAUGACUACAGCAUCAACUGGUGAUAUCCAUCAACCUUCCUCUUCUUCCGGCCCUGCUACCCCCAACGGCGGUAUUCACUACGGUCGUUCCCAAGGAACAAAUAAUAGCAGUGUAUAUGCUGGUCAUAAUUCAGAAAUGUUUCAACCUCACGAGUACAUUUCAUACGAGUACCACAACUAUUCUAACUAUGGACAUAUGGCACCACCUCCUACUUCUGCAGCUACAGGCGCUUCGACAGCACCUACUACACCCAUGUCUCAUCCUCAUUCAUACCCUGGAACACCUCACCACCCUAUGGUUGCCCCACAACCUUCACAGCAUUAUUUCUCAGGACCUCAUGACCGAACACAUUCUGCUGCUUCCACAGAAACAUACCCUAAUCAUCAUAAUAAUGAUUAUAAUGAAAACGGUAGUCAUCAUCAUAUCAAAGAGGAGGUGCAACAACAACAGCAGCAACAGCAGCAACAACACCAUCAUUCUUCUCCUUAUUAUUGGCAGAGAAGCGAGGAGCACCACGCUCCUCCCCCUUCCGCACAAGACAAUUGGAGCAGAAUGAGAAUGGCUUCUAAUAACAGUGCACACUCGAGUAUAGAUCACUCUCAGCACGGAUCACCUUAUAUGAGUCACCCUCAUCAUCCUCCACCUGGACCUGCGGCUCAUGAUCACCCUUAUUACUCUCAUCCUUAUGGACAUUCUCCGGCAUCUUAUAACCAUCAAGGGUAUGCAUAUAUAUGCACUUAUAAACACGCGCAAACAAUUUUUUUAACCGAUUUAUAAUAGUCUGCCACCACCACCUCCAUCAGUGACUCCAGAUCAUUAUCCUGGUUAUAACCACCAUUAUGAGUGGCAAUCAAGGCCAAAAUACAAUAGUGGUCCUAUUUAUCCUCAUAACUCGUCCUAUGACCCAGAGAACAGAAGACACGAUUACACUACUGAGAGACAUCCAUCUGAACAACAGCAGCAGCCUAACGCCAUGCCUUCGUUGAAUAGAGAAAGUGUAGCAAAAUAACUUUCCCCUUUUUUUUAAUAAUUAAACCAGAACCCUUUUCUUUUCUUUUUCCCUUCUUUUAUGCAUUGAUCUAUCAGUGACACAAUUGGUUUUACCCUUGUCAAACUUGUUACACGACGCACAUCAUUUCCAAAAAGUGAUAUUACAGGUCGUAGGCAGCAUUACGGGCGCUACAUUCAGG